CAACUGUCGUCAAGUGUUGGAGUCAGUGGCAACGCUUCAGUACCACGCCGGCUAUACGGUGAUCGAGUCGAGUCGGGUUCGCAUUUCCGCAACUGUACACAGACACAACUCCGUCCGAGUGUCUUUCGAUUUGUUGUACCGUUUUUGCCCAAACGCUGUGAGUCUUUCGGUGAGUCCUGUGUGUACGGACUGUUUGGUGUGCACGAUGUUGGGCACGCUAGUGGCAGGCCUGCUAUCGCUGGAGGGUGCACUGCUGGUAGCGCUCCUGGCACUACUCUACUACCAUGUGGUGGUGCGGAGUACGCGCUUCUUCGCUGACCGUGGCGUACCGUACUAUCCGCCCGUACCGCUGCUCGGCAAUGGUGCCGACUUUAUUACCCGCAAGCGUCACAUCACGGACGUGCUCGGCGAAAUGUAUGACCGGUUCGCGCGCCACCGAUUCUUCGGCUACUUUGACUUCCUGUCCCCGAUCUACGUGGUGCGCGAUAUGGAGCUGGUGAAGCAGAUCUGCAUCAAGGACUUUGAUCACUUUGUCAACCACCGGAUCGAGCUGGACGAGAACCAUGAUCCACUGUUUGGGCGUGCGUUGUUUGCGAUGCGUGACAGCCGGUGGCGCAAUAUGCGUACCGUGCUUAGUCCCGCAUUUACCGGCAGCAAGAUGCGGCUUAUGUUUGGGUUGAUUACGGCCUAUUGCGACGGUGCGAUCCGUACGAUCCGGUCCGAGAUGGGUGCGGACGGGACGGCGGAGCUAGAGAUGAAGGAGCUGUUCCGGCGGUUCGGUAACGAUAUAGUGGCGACCUGUGCGUUCGGCAUCGAGAUCAACUCGUUCAAGGAUCGGACCAACCCGUUCUUCACGCUCGGGAAGGAGCUGACGAAUCUGGAAGGUGUGCAGGGCAUUAAGUUUCUGGCGUUUUCGUCCUUUCCGCGCAUCAUGAAGGCGCUGCGGUUGCGACUAUUUAGCGCCAAGAUGACCAGCUUCUUCCGGCACGUGGUGAUGGAUACAAUCUCGCAGCGGGAACAGCGUGGCAUUGUCCGGCACGACAUGAUCAAUCUGCUGAUACAGGCCCGCAAGCAGGAGCUCCGCUUCGACGAAAACGACAACAUUGAGACGAACAGCGGAGGAUCGCAGAAGCGAACGAUGGAGUGGACCGAUGACGAUGUGACCGCUCAGUGUACAGUUUUCUUCUUCGGUGGGUACGACACCGUCUCGACACUGUCCGCCUUUAUGGCCCACGAGCUCGCCGUCAAUCCGGACGUCCAGGAACGGCUGCGCAACGAGAUCGACACCGUACGCACCUCGAUCGGUGGUGCCGACAAGCUGACGUACGAAACGCUACAAUCCAUGCGCUACCUGGAAAUGGUGGCCAACGAAACCCUGCGCAAAUGGACGCCCGCCCCAUUCCUCGACCGUACCUGCACCAAACCGUACGUGCUGGAGGACUACAACGGUCACAAGGUGCAGCUGCAGAAGGGUGACGGCCUAUGGAUCCCGGCUGCGGCAAUUAUGCGCGAUCCGCAAUUCUUCCCCGAACCGGAUCGCUUCUGGCCGGAACGCUUCGCCCCGGACAGUCAGGUGCCGAUCGAUUCGUCCACCAUACUGUCGUUCGGGCUUGGACCGCGCAACUGUAUCGGGUCCCGCUUUGCACUGAUGGAAACGAAAGCGGUCUUCUUCUUUCUGCUGUCCCAUUUCUUCCUUGAGAAGGGCCCGCAAACGCAGCAUCCGAUCAAGCUGAAGAAGGCUAGUCUGGCACCGUCGGCCGAGAAGGGUUCCUGGAUACGGUUCCGGCUGCGGGACCAGACCACCGCCAAGGGCAAUUGAAGUUAGGAGGUCGCAGGUUGGAACCAAUCAACACCUCGCUUCAAUCAACCGCAACGCGAUCGAGCGAAUUGGGCAGGUCAACGAUCAAUUGCUACUCACGUUCAAGGUCGCCAUAAUACAAUGACAUACACACGCGCCGUGUGUUGCAUAUUAGAAAAACAACGCAACGGCAUUAUGAUUGCGGAUGUGAUGUUUGAGAAAAUUUGACCAUUAUGAUGGACGGGAUAGAAUUCUUGCACUAAGAUUUAUGAAAUCUUGCACUAAGAAAUCACAGCUGGUCCGUUCGCGUCAUGAUGAAUCGAUUUGGUGCACUGAAUAAUACUAAUUAUAUUUGAUGAAUAUCGUCACUAUGUGCCACUUUGGAUUGUUUAAAAUUAACUUUUAAUUUUUGUAACUGAAAA